UCUUCCUUGCACCCACACGGCCACACCAGCGCCACUCCAUUUCCUCGUCCUAAGAACCCUAAGCCCUAAACCCACCCCACAAAACCCUAUAACGCAACCUCACAAAUUCCACGCUAAUGGCGCUCCGAUUCGACAUCCCCCUCUAUGGCCUCCUCUCCAAGCCCUCCUUUCCUCCUCUCCCUCUCCAACCACCUUUCUCUUCCCCUCCUCCUCCUCUUCGGAAGCCUCGAUCGCGACGUGGAAGCGUGGGAAUCGCUUUUCGUAGCAGCAAAUCCCGGAAUUGGGCAAUUCGCGCCGCUCAAGGGAUUGGAAGAGUAGAGGAUAGUGUAGUUGUCAAGGAUAAGAGCGUCUCGGUGGUUCUUUUGGCCGGAGGGAAAGGAAAGAGAAUGGGGGCAAGUAUGCCCAAGCAAUACCUUCCACUUUUAGGACAACCUAUUGCAUUGUACAGCUUCUACACUUUCUCUCAAAUGAGCGAAGUGAAGGAAAUUGUUGUAGUAUGUGAUCCAUCCUACAAGGAUGUAUUCGAAGAUGUUAUUGAGGAUGUACAAGUAAAUAUUAAGUUUGCACUCCCAGGAAAAGAGAGGCAAGAUUCUGUUUUCAAUGGAUUUCAGGAAAUUGACCGAGACUCGGAACUUGUAUGCAUUCAUGAUUCAGCAAGGCCACUGGCCUCAUCUGGAGAUAUCAGAAAGGUCUUAAAAGAUGGAUGGUUGAAUGGAGCUGCUGUUCUUGGCGUUCCCGUGAAAGCUACAAUAAAAGAGGCCAACAGUGAUUCUUUUGUCGUAAAGACCCUCGACAGGAAAACACUUUGGGAAAUGCAAACUCCACAGGUUGUUAAGCCUGAUUUACUACGAGCUGGGUUCGAGCUUGUCAACAGGGAAGGUUUAGAAGUUACUGAUGAUGUAUCAAUUGUGGAGCAUCUUAAGCAUCCUGUUUACAUAACAGAAGGCUCAUACACAAACAUAAAGGUUACAACCCCAGAUGAUCUAUUGCUGGCGGAGCGCAUAUUAAAUAUGAAUGCAGGAGUGCCUCAAGUUUAAUUGUUUUCUGUCGCAGUUUUAUGAAUACCCAGGUGAAUAAGAGAUGAUUUAAUCAUAUUGAGUAUGAAUACUAGGGUUUCAUUAAUCCUUUUUUUUAUUUUCCUUUUCUCUCUACUUGUAUUUGCACCACGGAAAAAAGGGCAUACAUUCAUUUGUCUGAAAUCUGAGGCAUCAUUAAGAAAGCGAAUGGGAAGAGAUUUUUCAUUACAAAGAGUAA